UGUGGGUUGUUGGCUGUGGUUGUUCAUUGUUGGCGCCAAUUUGUUUUGAGAAAUCAUUAAUUUUGCUAUCCUGGAACUAUUAAUAUUCAACUAAAUAAUUUAUAAUGAAAUACGUGAUGUGAAGUUUCAAUUUUCAAGCUAUCCUUGGACCUGGCACAAAUUAUACUUUUGUGUCUAAUCAUAAAAGUGCAGGCAGCAGUGCCGAUUCUUUAUUUAUGAUGUCGAAUAUGAAAAACAUUACAAAUGCUGCACGCGUGGUAAACAAGAGACCUUUCAGAGUGUCAAUUGAGGGAAAUAUAGGUUCUGGCAAAUCCACGUGCAUUAAAUAUUUCGAUAAAUAUUCUAACGUCGAAAAGCAUGCUGAGCCCAUAGCAGAAUGGCGCAACGUGAGUGGUCACAACCUGUUAGGGCUACUCUACAGUGAUAUGAAUGAGUGGAGCUUUGCCUUCCAGCACUAUGUGCACCUCAGCCGCCUCAAGAUACAGACUAGCCCACCUUGCAGCCCCAACAUCACUGUCAAAAUGUUUGAGAGAUCAGUACAAAACAGCAGGCACUGUUUUGUGGAGAAUGCCAAAAAGCAGGACUUCCUCAAAGACCCAGAGUAUCAAGUUCUACUUCAGUGGUUUGACUACACGGAGAAAUACUUGGACAUCAGUUUAGAUCUUAUAGUAUAUUUGAGGACAACUCCCAAAACAGUGUGGGAGAGAAUGAUGAAGCGCGGGAGAGCUGAGGAGUCGGAGGUGCCUUUGGAAUAUUUAGAACAAGUACACGAGUCAUAUGAAAACUGGCUGAGUUCCCCCGACAUCGGCUGUGAGGUGCUCACGAUUGACGCCGACCGGAGCCUCCACUGUGUCACAGACGACCUGGAGAGAUACAGCUAUAAGAUACUUGGCGGCAAUCACACUAAUUGAUCAAAUUCUCUGACUCGCACAUGAAGCGUUCAAUACCAUAGUACCAGAAAUAACACUUAUUUUUUUGUUUUCAUGGCGGCCAUUUUGAAAUUAUUAUUAUAUUUUGAUGUUAUAGCGGCUAUAAAAAUACACAUUUUGUAAAAAUUUUAACUUUCUACCUUAAUUACGAUGUAGGAGAUACAGCCCGCUAUGGAUAGUGAACCCUCAUAAAUCUUGAACGUACAGUAUUUCAAAAUGCUAAGAUGCUAAUAUUAUAAGGCUGCAAUUAUGACAUGACUUGUAUGUUUUAGUACAGAAUAUUUAAAAAAGAAAAAAAUUAAUUAUUAUUGAUAGAAUUAUGUUAACAUUGACAUACAUUUUUUUAUUACUUAAUACAGAAUCUCUAAAUGACAGAUUUAAAUGUAUUCCUAUCACUUUCAUAAUGUUCCCUGCCGAAAAAGAUUGGUAGCCAUAAAGAUAUUGGUCCAUGUUGGUAGCACUAGAUUUAGACCAAUCAAUUUAAUUUACAGAUCAAGUAAAACAGAAAUAGCCACAAUAGACUCAUUAAUUCUGAAACUAGUUUAGUUAAAUUAUAAAACAAAAAAUGUAUUAUGUUAUAUUAGUAGACUGAUAAAUUAUGUAAAUACAUUAUUAGCAAUAGAUAUUAGGCCGCGAUUAAAACUGUAAGUUUUUCUCACGUAAGUAACUUAUAAGUUCAUUUUUAUUAGUAAGUUUGUUGUAAGUUAUUUAUAAGCUACUUAAUGAAUAAAACUUACAGGUGUAAUUGCGGCCUUACGUAAAGUAUUAUAAUUUGAUGAUAUUAAUAUUAUUAUGGAAUGAAGUAUAUCGCACAAAUUAAUACCAGCUUUCACUUCAAAGUAAAGCAUGAUUUCCUUUUACUUGUUAAUAGUUAUAAUAAAAUAAUAUUUCAUGAAUUAGGUUUUGUAGUAGAUAUAAAUAUACUUAUA